AUGGAGAAGAAGAAAGAGGAGACCCCGACAAAUGAACUGCGGUACCGCGGGGUCCGGCGGCGGCCAUGGGGGAAGUUUGCAGCGGAGAUAAGGGACCCGACGAAGCAAGGUGCAAGGCUGUGGCUGGGGACAUUUGAGACAGCUGAGGAAGCAGCAAGAGCUUAUGACGAAGCAGCUUACAACUUCAGGGGUCAUCUUGCAGUUCUUAAUUUCCCCCAACACUACAAUCUUCCUCCUCCUCCGCCAUAUCACCCAUUCUCUUCCUCUUCUUUUUCUCCUCCUCCUCCUCCUCUUCUUGCUUAUGGAGCUACUGAUGACCAUGCAGCUUCCUCAACUGCUGGACAGGACGCCCGGAGGGAAGUUAUUGAGUUUGAGUGCCUGGAUGAUAAGGUGUUGGAAGAGCUUCUUGAACAUGGAAAGAAUUAUCCAAGUUGUUGGUUAGAAAUGUGA